AUUUCACUACUACAUUUAAUGAAGGUAUCUGGGAGCAUUUUGUAUUACACUUACUAUUUGAUAUUUUGAUAUUAAGUCUAGAUAAAUAUGUGUUACACUGGGGAAAAAGUGCAUCAAGCGUAUCAAAAUAUCAGAAGACUGAAAAUAUAAAAUUUGAGAAGGAAAUCUGUGAACAGUUAGAUCGAAUAAUGGCACCAUUUCUUACGUCUUCACAAGCAAAAAAGGCAGAUAUUUGGAUUGAAAUGAUGAUUGCAAAAAAUCUCCAUAAAAUUGUAUUUGCUGAAACAUCAGGGUCACCUUUUCAGGCUACUUGCACUACUAAAAAAGUGUAUAAUGAUAAAUAUAAAUUAAUACACUUUGGACAUAAUUCAAAAAAUAAAAUGCUUGAUGAACUUAUUGAGAAGAAAUGCAUAUAUUUGUCUGAUGGAAGAAACUCUGUAAUGACAUCUGUAAAACUGAAUUGUUGUUGUUCCAAUCUUAUG